AUGACGGUUCUACCGGUGAUGGAGCUAACGGAUGAGGAGAAAGAGGCAAAGCAGUACUUCCUGACACUCUUUACCGCCUUCAACAAACCGUGCGAUGUUGGAACGGGCGCAGAUCUGGAAGCGUGCCUUCCAACCUGGUUCGACGAGGCUAAGUUCAAACGUGGCCAAAAGUUCUACAGCGACAACCGGUUCGGUAUCCUGCAGGCCAGCUUCUGCAGCUUGCUUGUCCUGUUGGCCGAUCCGAAAGGGUUACGCAUUCUCGAGCACACGGGCAAGUCGAGUACGACGGAAACGGCUCGCAAGCGAUACGUGUCCACCUUUGUGCACAUGAGCGAUUGGUACGAGUGUGACCUAGUGCCGGGAUCAAGAUCAUGGAAAUCGCUCUCGCAAGUACGCCGCAUGCAUCUGAGCGCGUCGAACAGCGCCAAGAAGCGUAACCUAGGGUACAUCAGUCAGCCGGAAAUGGCACUUACCACGUUUGGCUUUAUGGGUUUCCCACUGGUCCGUCCGCAUCUGCUCGGCAUUCGUUACGAUAAUCGUGAGGAUCGGGAAGCCUUCAUCCACUUCUGGGCCGUGAUCGGGUUUAUGCUUGGUGUGGAGGACGCACACAAUAUGUGUCUGUUCCGGUUGGAGGUGGUCGAGAUGAUCUGUCACAUCGUGAUACGGUACGUGUUCAUACCUUCGCUGCAGCUCGAAACACAACUGCUGCGCCACAUGAUGGGAGCGAUCGUGGAUGCGUUCAUACCCUACAUGCCGUUCCUUUCGUACGAAAGCGUUAUGUUUCUGACGCGUCGACUUGUCGGUGUUCCUGGUUACCAGUACGCGCUAGACAUGAAGAAGGAAUUUAUCUGCCGCCCGCUGUUAACGAAGGAAGAGCUGGACGCGACAGUGGAGUACAUUUCGCCACGCGAUGGCUACCGACAGGUGGAGGCAAUGUACCGUGCGAUAUUCUCUGACAAGCUGCACAUCUACACGAUCAAGGAACUAACGGACGAGAUUAAUCAAAACUAUCUGGAAUCGACCACGGAUGGGACGAACGGUACGUACACGAAGCUACCGGGUGAAGAAGAUCCACAGCAGUGGAAAACUUCCGAGCAACAGCUCCGGGAGCUGUUGGGUCUAAAGCACAACCAAGAACUGGUGAUAACGACGGUCGAGGAUGAGGACGAGUGGAACAUGUACAGGGGCGACAGUAAGCUUAAGCUGUUGCCUGCACGCGAUCAAACCAACGUGCGAAUGACGGUGCAGUGUCUUAACUUCUGUUACAAUACGAUCGGACGGUUUACAAACGAGAUGGCACUCUCGUUCAUUCUUUAUCGAUUGAAGCGUCUGCAUGGCAAGUAA